AUGUUGGACAUGGGCGAUAGGAAGGAAGUGAAAAUGCUGCCCAAGUCGUCCUUUAGCAUCAACAGCCUGGUGCCCGAAGCCGUCCAGAGCGACAACAAUCACGGCCACCACCACCACAACAACCACCACCCGCACCACCACCACCACCACCAUCACCACCACCACCACCACCCAGCCCAGCAGCAGCAGCCGCAGCCGCCCCAGCCCCAGCGAGCCACCCCGGCCGAGGACGACGACGACGACGAGAAGAGCCAGCUGCUGCUGCAGCCCCCCGGGGUGGGGGUCGGCGUGGCCGUGGCCGCCGCCGCCGCCGGGACGCCCGCCACGGCCGGCCCCAUGGAGGUGGCCAAGGGGGACCUGCUGGCCGGCAAGGGGGAGGCCGGCGCGGCCGCCGAGCUGGACGACAAGGAGAAGGGGCCGUCGGAGGAGAAGAAGGGGGCGUCGGAGGGAGCCAAGGACGGCGGCGGCGGCGACGGCGGGGGCAAGGAAGGCGAGAAGAAGAACGGCAAGUACGAGAAGCCGCCCUUCAGCUACAACGCGCUGAUCAUGAUGGCCAUCCGGCAGAGCCCGGAGAAGCGGCUGACGCUGAACGGCAUCUACGAGUUCAUCAUGAAGAACUUCCCCUACUACCGGGAGAACAAGCAGGGCUGGCAGAACUCGAUCCGCCACAACCUGUCGCUCAACAAGUGCUUCGUGAAGGUGCCGCGCCACUACGACGACCCGGGCAAGGGCAACUACUGGAUGCUGGACCCGUCCAGCGACGACGUCUUCAUCGGCGGCACCACGGGCAAGCUGCGCCGCCGCUCCACCACGUCGCGGGCCAAGCUGGCCUUCAAGCGCGGCGCGCGGCUCACCUCCACCGGCCUGACCUUCAUGGACCGCGCCGGCUCGCUCUACUGGCCCAUGUCGCCCUUCCUGUCGCUGCACCACCCGCGCGCCGGCGGCUCGCUGGGCUACAACGGCGCCGCCUCGGCCUACCCGAGCCACCCGAUGCCCUACAGCUCGGUGCUGGCGCAGAACUCGCUGGGCAACAACGCCUCCUUCUCCGCCUCCAACGGGCUGAGCGUCGACAGACUGGUCAACGGCGAGCUGCCCUACGCCACGCACCACCUCACGGCCGCCGCGCUGGCCGCCUCCGUGCCCUGCGGCCUGUCCGUGCCCUGCUCCGGCACCUACUCGCUCAACCCCUGCUCCGUCAACCUGCUGGCGGCCGGGCAGACCAGUUACUUUUUCCCCCACGUGCCCCACCCGUCCAUGACCUCGCAGAGCAGCUCGGCGAUGGCGGGCCGCGCCGCCUCGUCCUCCAGCUCCCCGCAGGCGCCCGCCACCCUCCCGUGCGAGUCCUUGAGACCGUCGCUGCCCAGCUUCACCGCGGGGCUCUCCGGGGGACUUUCCGAUUAUUUCACGCACCAGAAUCAGGGCUCUUCCUCCAACCCGUUAAUACAUUAA